AUGGCUUGGAUGAACCAGAAGCCUCGCCUUGAUAUCUUGGCCAUGGAUGGAGUGGUGGGCCUAAAUCUCGUCGAGGAUGGAGGUGAGGGAAAAGGUCGAUGGAGUGGUGAUUUUUUGGAUCGGAGAGCAGGGAUGAAGAUCGAAGCACCUCCACAAGAGAAGGGUCUGGUGGAUAUGGUAACUUCGGUGGUGAAGAGGGCUCGCAUGGCUCUGGAAAACGCGGGUCUGGUUUUGGGCGAAGAGAUGUUGAAGUUAGAUUCCUCGUCACCACACUGA